AUGGAAAGAUAUGGUCGACCCAUUACAUUAACGGAAAUACGAGGCGAGGGAUUGCGGAUAUCACUUAUGGUAACAGGCACAGGAGCUAUAAAUUACAAAGGUCUUCGAUUUGGAAAAGGACGUGGAUUCUUCGAUUUAGCAUGGGGAAUGUUGUAUUCCAUAGGGGCCGUGAACAAAGAUACACACACGGCAGCUCUGGUGCACGAGUGCCAGGUCUUGGACGAAGAAUUUAAAGGGGAACAGUGGGAUACAGGAUGUCAGUUUAUUGUAACGAACAAAAGAGUUAUUACGGUUUCUGGCGCUGCAAAACCUGGAUAUGGAAUAAUAUGGGAUAAAUUGCAAAAGGGAAUGAUGGAUGACAUUGAAUCCCUGAGGGAGCUGCAAAAUAUUAUGUCGCCUCCGGAAUUGAAAUCUCCACAAGAGCAUACUAUGGACUUCCAGGAGGAGGCGAGGUUAUAUAUGGAUUAUGCAAGUUUUGAUUUUUAG